AUGUCGUUUAUUCGAUGCUUUUUUGGCCUCAAUAAUACCUCAAAGGUUUCGAGGCCAAGAGAAUUCAAAAAAUCGAAUCGCCCUCAAAAACAAGCUCAAUUCAAUGAUCUACUCAAGGAUCAACUUCUCUUUUAUCCUAUACACGGCGAAGUUCCAACAGACUUCAGAGUACAAUCCUGUUUGUCUUUGGUGCAAGAGGAAAAUGAAGCAAUGGAUGAUGGUAACAAUGACGUAGCGAAUGCUUGUGUGGGUCGAGACUUGGAUCUGAAAGAGAGGGAACACAAACAAGACUCUUCACCAACGCAAUCACGAACAAUUGUACAACCUCGACAAUAUCCUCAUCGAUUUCCAAAUAAUAUCAACGUUAAUAAUAAUCGAAUUCAUCGAAUACCAUCAAAUUAUUCAAUUAGUAUCUAUUCCUCAGACGAAAUCUAUCCCACCGAGAAUAUGGAGAGCUUACCAAGGAGAGCUAAAACCCCUGUUUUCUUCAUUGGCCAAUUAGAAAGAAAAGCUAUGGAACACGACCCUUCGGAACGUCUUGCCAGCGAAUAUCAGACAGUAUUACCGCAACGACCCUCGGAUUCCGAAACUCUUGUCGGAUCUGAUAGAGGAAGUUCACCACGCGGCUCGAUAUAUAAAGAGGACGAAAAGGAUGAUACUUUUCGAUUCAAGGAUGUGUCAUCUCCAGCAUACGAACCGUCAGAAAAGACCUCACAAUUGGAUCAAGUGGAUCAAGACAUUAGUCUCCAGAUUUGCUCUGAUCUUCUGACAAGCAAAUUGACAACCGCACUUCACCAAAAUCAUGCGGUAGGACAAGAAAAUAAAGUCUCAAGCUUAGAGAUCUUACUUAUGAUCGAGGCGUACGAAUCGAUCAGGAAAGAGUUACUAUCAGAUCCGCGUGAUUUGCACGUGACAUAUGCUGCUGAAACAGCACUUGAUCAAUGGAUACAGGCUUUGUAUACCAUAUAUGAGGACUGCCAUGGAAUCAAUUAUAGAAGACCGAUCUCGAGCCAGCCAAGAUGGAAUUCACGAAGAUCACCAAAGCCUGUCUCGGCUUUUACUGAACAUCAAAAUAAGCAUGCAAGUCUGAAAGGAUUUGGCCACUCGAAUCCCUGGCCCAUUGAAAUUCGAACUUGA